AUAUUUGACAUAUGAGACCUCUAUACUACAUAUAUAUAUAUAACAUUUCCAUUUCUUAUCCACUUAUCCAUUUAUACAUCUCUCUCUAUAUACACCUACUUAAGCAAAUAAAAAAAAAAAAUUCUUCAUUCCAAAACAUCAUCAACAAUCAAAUGAUGUUAACCAUCAAAAUGAUAAACCUUUUCCUUCUCUCCCUACUCUCAAUCUCAUCAGCUCAACCUCUCCCUAAAUUACUCGCAUCCCUCAACAAGGACCCCACCACCUCUCUCUACACCAUGCUCCUCAACUCCAAAGACCCCUACGUCGUCGACAUCGCCGCCCCCUUCUCGUGGCGGCGCUGCCCCUCCGUCCCCCGGCCCGCCGUGUUUUGCUUCACCGCCGAAUGCACCCAAGCUCAAUACCUACCCUCACCGUGCCCCCCACCACCCACCUCAAUAGCAAUCCCAUGCAAAUGCAUGGUAACCCCUAGAAACCCUAGAACCGGGUCUUGCGAGCCAGCUCAGCUCACUUACACGAACCUCACAGUUCAAGGGUCCCACUUUAUUAUGAGCGAUAUAUACCUAUCAUGCGCACCAAACCCUCUCUUCAAGUCUCUCCCAAAAGGAGUAGUAGGGCUAGCAAGCCUCUCCCUAGCCCCCCUCUCCCUCCAAAACCAAUUCUCCGGCCGGCUUCCCCGGCUCACCCGGGGCUUCGCCAUGUGUUUGCCGAGCACGAGCUCAAGAAACGGCGUCAUCUCCUUCGGCAACGAAACGCACCAUCUCUUAUCCUACACCCCACUUCUCACAAACCCUAAAAAUGCAGAUUACGCCAUUGGGAUCAAGGGUUUGUCCGUGGGUACAAGCUCGGUUAGCGCGAUGUCUCCACUCGAAGGGAUUAGGCUUAGCACGGUUGUACCUUACACAACCCUAGCCACCGAUCUCUACACGAAAUUUGUCGAGGUUUUUGAAGAAGGGAUGAAGGGUGUGCCGAAGAUGAAGAGUGUGGAGCCAUUCACUGCGUGCUACGAAGCUAGUGCCGUCGUCGACGGAGCUCGUGUGCCGCGGAUUGACUUGGAAUUCGAUGGUGGCAAGAAUUGGACGAUUUUGGGGGCGAAUUCGAUGAAGAGAGUGAGUGGAGAUACGGCGUGCCUUGCGUUCGUGGACGGCGGGGCGGCGGCGGCGCUCAAGAUCGUGAUCGGGGCGUUUCAGAUGGAGGAUAAUUUGUUGGUGUUUGAUCUUGAUCGAUCGAGGCUUGGGUUUAGUUCCUCGUUGUUGGUUGAAGGGAUGUCAUGUAGCAACUUUAAAUUUACUACUUAGGUUUUGAUUUGAUUUUUUAGUUUGUUUGAUGUUGUACUACUAAAAUGGGUUUGGAUCCUCUGUCCCAUAAUUUUUUGUAUUCCGCUGGUGUUUUAGUAUCGAAUUCAUCUUUUUGAUAACUCUAUUUA